AUGCAAUCACUCUUGCUAGAACAAAAACUAGGCAACAUAAGUCCAUUAAAGUUUGCCACCAUAAUCACAGACAAUUAUUAUUCAUCUCAACUUUAUCAAACAGCAAAAUAUGACGUCUUUUCCUCCAACUGUCAUAGAAAUGCCCUGGUUAAUAGCCUUGCAUUAGAGUCCGUAGACUAUCGAUUUUUAUUAAGUGGAUCAGGAGAUUCAUCAAUAAAACUUUGGGAUUUACAUCAACAAGAGAAAGUUCGUCAAGAGAAUGAAGUUGACGCUAAAUUAAACAAGGUCCAUCAUCCUUCUAAAUUUGACACUUUUGACUAUGAUAAUCCGGUAACUACUUUUGCCAAUGUUGCAAUUAUGCCAGCUCGAGAAUUUCAUAAAUUUGGAAUAUCUGCACUUCAAUGGUGGCCAUUUGAUACAGGGUUAUUUGUAUCAGCAUCAUUUGAUCAUACUGUGAAAGUAUGGGACACUAAUGAAUUGGUUCCAGUGUACUCAUUCAAUUUAAACAAUCGAGUUUAUUCCAUUGAUGUAUGUGGAGAAACUUCAUUGAUUGCAACUGCUAGUGAUCAACCAUUCAUUAGACUAUUGGAUAUGCGAUCAACUUCAAGUGCACACACAUUGAGAGGACACAAGGGCAAGACACUCAGUGUUAAAUGGCAUCCCAUUAAUGAAAACUUGUUGGCAUCUGGAGGGUAUGACGGAGAAGUACGAAUAUGGGAUAUAAGAAGAAGUAAAAAUUUAUUAUGUCGAUUGGAUAUGCUUGCUACAAAUACAUGGAAAUCUUCAUCUGGACCGGAAGCCAACCUCACACAACAAUCAGUUAAAGCACAUCUGGGACCAGUUAAUGGUUUGGUGUGGGAUGAAUCGGGGACCUCUUUGUUCACAGCAGGUAAUGAUGAUAAGAUUAGAGUUUGGGAUAUGGUUAGUACGCCUUAUCCACCAGUUAACAAAUUGAUCAAUUUUGGGCCAUUAACAAGAAACAAAUAUCCCCAAACAACUCCCAUUUUGUUGAACCCCAAUGGAGAAACCGAAUUACAGUAUCUUCUCUUCCCUUCUGAGAGUGGUGAAGUAUUGAUAUUUAGGACAAUUGAUGGUAAAUUAGUCAAUCGUUUGAUACGAAGAGGUACUAAAAAUGUUGGAAGAACUUGUUCAAUGUGUAAUGGUGGACCUUUUACAGCUACGUAUUAUUGUGGAACUAUUGAUGGUGAGAUUUUGUGUUGGAAACCAUUUUGGGAUAUAGUAGACCCAGGAGAAAUUGUUGAUUUUGGGGAGGAGAAUGACGGAGGUGGUGAUUUGGAUGUAGAUGAGAUAUUGUUAAAGAAACAUACAUUGGCUUUAAAGGCACAAGAGUUGAAGAAAUCAAUGGAGUAUUAG